AUGAAGCUCCAGGCGUUUCUCCUCUUGAUCUUUGCAGUGGCCUUUACCCCAGCCGGAGGGAACCCCAUCUCAACUGCUGAGGAUAUUCAAGUCCAGGAGAAUUUUGACGAGGAGAGGUUCUACGGGAAAUGGUAUGAAAUGGCUGUCGGCUCCAACUGCCCCUGGGUGAAAAAAUAUAAGGACCGAUACACCAUGGGGACACUGGUUGUGGCACCCGGGCAAUCGAGGGAGGAGAUCAGCAUGGCAACCACGAGGCUCAGGCAAGGUGUCUGUUCCCAGAUCACUGGAGUAUACCAGAAGACUGACAUUCCAGGGAAAUUCACCUACUAUAAUUCAAGAUGGGAUGCAAAUAUUGAGACCUUUGUGGUUCACACCAACUACAACGAAUAUGCCAUCUUUGUGACAAAGAAGAACAGCACCCAUGGCUUGACCACCACGGCCAAGAUUUAUGGAAGAAGCCCAGAGCUGAGAGAGGACCUCAUGGCUGAGUUUAGACAGCUUUCUCUGGAUCUGGGAAUCCCUGAAGACUCCAUCUUCACUCUGAUUAAUAAAGGGGAGUGCGUGCCUCCUGCAGGUGAAUCUGAACCACAGCCAAGAGUUCGAAGAACGACUUUGUUUGAGGAAGAAGGAUCUGCCGAUGGUUCAUUGAACACCUUGCUAGGCAACAAAGAAGAUUACUGCCGACUGAACAUGGAUGCCGGCCCCUGCCUGGGUUCAGCCACUCGGUAUUUCUACAAUGCCACUUCUCGCACCUGCGAGACCUUUAUCUAUGGCGGCUGUCUUGGAAAUGGCAACAAUUUCCGCUCAGAGAAGGCCUGUCUUCAAACGUGCAGGACCGAGGCAUCUUGCCGGCUCCCCAUCGUCCCUGGAGGUCCUUGUAAAGUGACUUACUGGGCCUUUGAUGCAAACCGAGGCAAAUGUGUGACCUUUGAAGGGUGUGGGGGCAACGGGAACAAGUUUUACCAUGAAAAAGAAUGCAAAGAAUAUUGUGGAAUUCCCUCUGAAGGUAUGGUCAACUCCCCUUCCUUCAACCAAUAG